AUGGUGCGCUGCAUCAUUGGCUUGGGUGGACCUCUGUCUGCCGAAUUUCCAUUUCUAAGAGCGCAUGUGGGCCGUGCUUUCGUGGAGCACCUGGCCGAGGCUCAUAGUUUCGGCCACUGGCGUCCAACGAGCGCAGCAUUAGCUGAUUUCGCGGAGCAUGGUAGUGGUAUCAUUCUGUGCAGACUGUGGCACGAUUCAGCCUCAGGGACAUCAUUUGCACCCAUGGCAGCCAAGCAAUGCUUGAAGUACAUCGGAAUACGCUCCCCUGAGCAUUUUGUGAUCGCUCAUGCGGAAUCGCGCAAGAGUUGCGGGAAGUUUGCCGUGACGGAGGGCGCUCGCAAGGCACCAACCUGGGCAAAGCCAGUCCUGGAAUCCCUGUGCCCACAGUUCCGUCCUGGCCAGAAGUCUGUGGAACAACCCUUGAGGAUUGAAUUUGGGGUAGGAGCUCCCAGCAGAUCUAACCUCAUGCCACAGAUGGACAGGUUUCAUGAAUCGAGGAUGACGGCCAGAGAAGCCAAUGCCAUCUUACAAUCUGCCUUCCCUGCUGCAUUUGAAUGGCUGUUGAAGAGAUGGUUUGGACCAGAUGCCGUGACCCCGGGGGCAGUCAUGCGACGCUGCCUCCCACAGGAUGUUCGACAGAAGGAGCUAAACGAAGAGCUGCAGAAGUUGCAGCGCGGUGCAGAGGGUGUUGAAUAG